AUGUCCAACCUGUUCAACAACGCCGCGGUUCCGACUACUCAAACUUCCUUUCAUACUCCAACAUCUCGAUUAUCAGUCGAUCAAGAGGUAAGGGCAGGGGCAGGAUGGACUGGGUACCACAGAGGACGCAAAGUAUUGUGGGGCCGAGAGGGAAUGGGCCCCAAGACAGAAGUCUAUGACGCAGAAAUGUUGGCUCUCUUACGGGCGUCAAUGCAAGCAAUGCGCUUCGCAAGGAAGGGAACCACCUUCAUUCCUACAUGGACAACAAGCAAUGACCGCGCCGAUGAUCUUGCAAAAGAAGCCGCCCGUCACAUUGACUCGCUUGCCGCAUCGUGUGCCAAUGCGCGUCGUCGAAAGGUGGAUCUGCUGAAGAAACGGACGGAGAUUUGGAGACCAGCUGCUCAAACCGGACGGUUCACACUCUCCUACCCCGUAAACACUUCACCACCACCACCCGUGAAGUAUAAGGUCGCCUCAUCCAGUGCCGCACAGGUCAUGGGUUUAUCGGAGAACACUACGCAUCGUUCAUACCUACCGAACCCACUAGUUGCCCUUGUGGGGAAUUGCGCCAAACUCGAACACAUGCGGGUACAUCUACAUGAAGUUCCUCAUAACCUUGUACCUAGCAAAAUUAUGGACACGGAGAAAGGAAUCAUGGCAUUGGUCAAGUUCAUUGAAAAGUCCAAUGUAUUCGAAAAGGAUAGACACAGGCACGAAGAAGAUGGUAUUGAGGAGCAAAUGAGAUAG